AAAAAAAAGCGACGAAAAAUUUGUUAGGAAAAAAACUAUUUUGCUGGUGAAAAAUUGAACCAAAUGUGAAUUAAAACUACCGAAAUGACACAAUUCGUACAUAAAUGAAGCAAUAACAAUUAAGCAAAAUUAGCAGGGGGCUGAUGCUCCCUGGGGAAUUUCCAUGAUGCCAAGUGACAAUUGCGACUCGGAGGACGAAUGCAUGGAAGUCAAUACGAUUCGGAUCCUGCGCUGCAGCGUGGCCAGGUGCCCCUACAGGACAAACAGGGCCCACAACCUGUGGCGUCACGAGGAGCGCCACAAGCGUCCGGUGGAACCGAAGCCAUUUGGCUGUCCCGUCUGCAUCUACAACACCGAUAAGAUCACCAACCUAAAGCGGCAUGUGGCCAUCCGACAUCCCAAAGAGGUCGUAGUCCCAAAGACUCCGGAUGAGCCGGACACCCAGCUGAAGUCGGCCGCAGGAACCCGCAGGAUCCGCUGCCAGGUGAUGGGCUGCCGGUACGAGACGAGUCGGGCCCAUGACCUGAAACGCCACAUGGCGGUGCACAACAAUGUUGAGAAGAGCCACAAGGAGUACAAGUGUUCCCUGUGCAUGUACAGCUCGGAUAGGAAGGCCAACCUCAAGCGGCACCUGGAACUGCGACACUCUGGCAUCGAGGAAACCAUUCAGACGGCCGACGAGCUGGAGCAGGAGCUACACAGCCUGGAGGAGGAGAAGAGGCUGGAAGAGCUGGCGCAGCAGGAUGAGCUGUUCAACGACUUGAUAGAGAACCUUGACGAGGUGGAGCUCGAAAUCGAGAGGAAGGAAACGGCGGAGGAGCAAGUGCUCGAUCAGCUGGCUGAGGAGCAGGAGGAGGAAGAACCUCCUCUGAUCACAAUAUCCACCUGCAAGCCUCCGAUGCUCCAAGGAGACAUAACCGACAAGCAAGUGAUUGCUGUCAACGUGAAUGGCCAGCUGCGUUGGUUCCAAUCAAUCGCCCCGCCUGGCGCAUCCUUAAAACUGCAACUGGCCCUUGAGGAGCAGGAACAGCAGGCUGCUUCCGCCCAGCAGCAAAUGGAUGAGCUGGACGAUGAGUUGGCCUUGUCCCUGGCCCAGCAGGACCAAGAGGAAGAACUGCUUGUAGAAAUGUUAACCGAAGAGGAGCCGUCUGAUAAUGAUGUAUCCUGGACUUUUCACAUUUCAAACGACAAAUUGAUAGUUGCCAGUCGAAAAUGUAAGCAGGAGAUGCUGGAGCCAUGCGAAGAGCUCGAUUUCCCCAUUUGGUGGGACGAUGGCGAUUACACAAAAAUGCACAAAAACCAAACGUUUCGGGAUUGCCAGCAAAAGCCCUCAAAGGCUGUUGUGCAACGCAUACUGCGCGACAUUUAUGACAUAUACUACAAGCCGUUUAAGGAGAAGCGCAAGCAGUUCCAGGUGUUCCGGAUUAAGGACUCGUGGCUAUGCGCUACACAGAUGACACGCAUGCAGAUAAUAAAGGACAUGUACUCGAAGCAGGGCACAUGAAGUUUAAAUUAUAGUCUAAGCUAAGCAACAAAAGGUAUUUCAUUUAUUUUGAUGAAAAAGCAGACAGUAAAAUUCAA